AGUUGCCCACAUCCAAUAUGUCCGUCGGCGUCUACGUUCCCUGAACAACAACACGAGACGUGGAGAAUGGCAGACGGCGGCGUCGACGAAUUAUCUCAGCUUGAGUAUUUGUCGUUGGUGUCCAAAGUAUGUACGGAACUUGACAACCACCUUGGGAUAAGUGACAAAGACUUAGCUGAAUUUGUCAUCAGCCUCGCUGAAAAACAACCAAGUUUUGAUGGGUUUAAAGCGCUAUUGCUGCAAAAUGGAGCCGAAUUCACAGAUUCCCUCAUCAGUAAUUUGCUCAGGCUCAUUCAGACUAUGCGGCCUCCAUCCAAGGCAUCUACAAGUAAAGCUGUGGAAGAUUCGGUUAAGCCGAAGACGGAAAAGGACAAGUUGAAGGAGUUGUUUCCGGCACUCUGCAGACCGAAUGACCCACAACCAAAGAAGCUACUGGAUGAAGAUGAUGUGAAAGUGGCAGCUGAUGCCAUGAAAGAACUGGAAAUGUUUAUGCCCAGUGUCAGUGGGUCAGACUCCAAAGCAAGCAAGAACAGGUCAGAAAAAAGUAAACACCGCAGUCGAAGUCGCAGCAGAAGCAGAGAAAGAGACAGACACAGAGACCGAGACAGGUAUCGGGACAAGGACAGGAAGAGGCGGCAUCGUUCCCGAUCACAUUCCAGAUCCAGGUCUCGCUCCAGAGAUAGAGAUAGAGACAGGCACAGGGAUAGAGACAGAGAUCGUGAUCGCGGCAAAAGAAGAGAUAAAUCUUCCCGCUGGUCCGAGCGCUCACCCAGCCCUAAGAAGGACCAAGACAGAGACUCAGACCGCUGGAAGGACAAACACGUGGAUCGCCCUCCGCCAGAGGAGCCUUCUGUUGGCGACAUCUACAAUGGAAAAGUCACCAGCAUCAUGCAGUUUGGAUGCUUUGUUCAACUGGAGGGACUACGAAAACGAUGGGAGGGUUUGGUCCAUAUUUCCGAGCUGCGUAGAGAGGGCCGUGUAGCUAAUGUGGCUGAUGUGGUCAGCAAAGGUCAAAGAGUCAAAGUCAAGGUUCUGUCUUUCACUGGCUCCAAGACCAGUCUCAGUAUGAAGGAUGUGGACCAAGAGACUGGAGAAGACCUGAACCCCAACAGGAGGAGGAACGUAGGCCCAGAUGGAGGAGACGACAUCUCAAUGAGGAAUCCAGACCGACCGAGCAACCUGAACCUGGGACACGCUCCUGAGCUGGAGCAGGAUGAUACAUUGGAGCGCAAGAGGCUGACAAAGAUCUCCGACCCCGAGAAAUGGGAGAUCAAACAGAUGAUUGCUGCCAACGUUCUGUCCAAAGAAGAAUUCCCUGAUUUUGAUGAUGAGACAGGAAUCCUUCCUAAGGUUGACGAUGAAGAGGACGAAGAUCUGGAGAUUGAGCUGGUUGAGGAGGAACCACCAUUCCUUAGAGGACACACCAAACAAAGCAUGGACAUGAGUCCUGUCAAGAUUGUCAAGAAUCCAGAUGGCUCCCUGUCCCAGGCCGCCAUGAUGCAGAGUGCUCUGGCUAAGGAGCGACGAGAGCUCAAGCAGGCUGCACGCGAGGCAGAGAUGGACUCCAUCCCCAUGGGGCUGAACAAACACUGGGUCGACCCGCUGCCAGACGUUGACGGCAGGCAGAUUGCCGCCAACAUGAGAGGCAUUGGCAUGAUGCCCAAUGACAUCCCAGAAUGGAAGAAGCAUGCUUUUGGAGGGAACAAGGCGUCCUAUGGAAAGAAGACACAGCUCUCUAUCCUGGAGCAGAGGGAGAGUCUGCCCAUCUACAAGCUGAAGGAGCAGCUCAUUCAGGCUGUUCAUGACAACCAGAUUCUAAUUGUCAUCGGAGAGACUGGCUCUGGGAAAACCACACAGAUCACUCAGUACCUGGCGGAGGCAGGUUACACCACCAGGGGGAAGAUUGGCUGCACGCAGCCCCGUCGUGUGGCGGCCAUGUCCGUGGCCAAAAGAGUCUCUGAGGAGUAUGGUUGUUGUCUUGGACAAGAGGUGGGUUACACCAUCCGUUUUGAGGACUGCACCAGCCCUGAGACGGUGAUCAAGUACAUGACAGACGGUAUGCUGCUGAGAGAGUGUUUGAUUGACUCUGAGUUGGGUCAGUAUGCCAUUAUCAUGUUGGACGAAGCCCACGAGAGGACAAUCCACACCGAUGUCCUGUUCGGUCUCCUUAAGAAGACCGUACAGAAGCGCACAGACAUGAAGCUGAUUGUGACCUCGGCCACGCUGGACGCCGUGAAGUUCUCUCAGUAUUUCUACGAAGCGCCCAUCUUCACCAUCCCUGGCAGAACGUAUCCAGUGGAGGUUCUUUACACCAAAGAACCUGAGACGGACUACCUGGACGCCAGUCUCAUCACCGUCAUGCAGAUUCAUUUGACUGAGCCCCCAGGUGACAUCCUGGUGUUUUUAACUGGACAGGAAGAGAUCGACACUGCCUGUGAGAUCCUGUAUGAGAGGAUGAAGUCACUGGGGCCUGAUGUCCCUGAACUGAUUAUUCUGCCAGUUUAUUCUGCCCUGCCCAGUGAGAUGCAGACCAGGAUCUUUGACCCAGCACCUCCAGGCAGCAGAAAGGUUGUCAUUGCUACAAACAUUGCAGAGACCUCUCUGACCAUCGAUGGGAUCUAUUACGUGGUGGAUCCUGGCUUUGUCAAGCAGAAAGUUUACAACUCCAAGACUGGCAUUGAUCAGCUGGUGGUGACUCCAAUCUCACAGGCUCAGGCCAAGCAGAGGGCCGGUCGCGCCGGCAGAACAGGACCCGGGAAGUGUUAUAGGCUGUACACUGAGAGAGCCUACAGAGACGAGAUGCUGACCACCAACGUGCCUGAGAUCCAGAGAACCAACUUGGCCAGCACUGUCCUGUCUCUGAAGGCAAUGGGUAUCAAUGACCUUCUGUCUUUCGACUUCAUGGACGCUCCUCCCAUGGAGACGCUAAUCACAGCCAUGGAACAGCUCUACACUCUGGGAGCUCUGGAUGACGAGGGUUUACUCACAAGACUGGGUAGAAGGAUGGCUGAGUUUCCUCUGGAGCCCAUGCUGUGUAAGAUGUUGAUCAUGUCCGUCCAUCUGGGCUGCAGUGAAGAGAUGCUCACGAUUGUGUCAAUGCUGUCGGUGCAGAACGUCUUCUACAGGCCCAAGGACAAGCAGGCCCUGGCUGACCAGAAGAAGGCAAAGUUCCACCAGCCUGAGGGCGAUCACCUGACUCUGCUGGCCGUCUACAACUCCUGGAAGAACAACAAGUUCUCCAACCCCUGGUGUUAUGAGAAUUUCAUCCAGGCCCGCUCCCUGCGCAGAGCUCAGGACAUCCGCAAACAGAUGCUGGGUAUUAUGGACAGACAUAAAUUGGACGUGGUGUCUUGCGGUAAAGCCACGGUGCGAGUCCAGAAAGCAAUCUGCAGUGGUUUCUUCAGGAAUGCAGCCAAGAAGGAUCCUCAAGAAGGUUACAGGACCCUCAUCGAUCAGCAAGUUGUGUACAUCCACCCCUCCAGCGCUCUGUUCAACAGGCAGCCUGAGUGGGUUGUGUACCACGAGUUGGUGCUGACGACCAAGGAGUACAUGCGGGAGGUGACCACCAUCGACCCUCGCUGGCUGGUGGAGUUUUCUCCCGCCUUCUUCAAAGUGUCCGACCCCACGCGCCUCAGCAAGCAGAAGAAACAGCAACGCCUGGAGCCUCUGUACAACCGCUACGAGGAGCCCAACGCCUGGAGAAUCUCUCGCGCCUUCAGACGCCGCUGAUCCGCCGCAGAGACUCGACACGGAUGUUUGGACCCUGCUGGUUGAAGGGUCCACGUCGCAAUUCGGUUUCAAUCUGUGCUCAGUUUUUCCUUUUUGUUUUUCUUCUUCUUUCAUUCUAAAUUAUCUGUAAAUCCAUCUUUGGUCAUUUUAGACUCGUUAUUUUAGAUAAAAAAAAAAAACUGUUUGCUUUUCUUAGCACUAAAGAGCAGGAAUGAAAGGAAAUCCUUCAUACCUGGUUUUAAAACUCUUCUGAAUAGUCUGGACUGUUUACUCCAGCUCUGUAAAUUCUAAUAGCUUAGUGUUGAUCCUGAAUAUGGACCUGAGGGAAUUAUCACCUGACUUCUCUUAUGUUUCACUUAGUUCUUCGGUGUCAGACCUGAAAAAUGCUUGAUAUGUUUUUGUAUAAUAUCUGGGACAGUUUUCACUCGUCAGUGUGUUUUCUAUCUAUAAUGGAACUGUGAUGACGUGUCCUCAUUAAACUCUACAUUUUCUUACGUCUGUUGAAGUACAUGGAGAGUUAACCCCUGAACAAUCUGAGAACGAGCUUGGUGGUGUUGUAAUGGGUCACAAAGAAAUGCAAUAUAAAUGGAAAAAAAAAGAUACUAGAAAAACUAAAACUAGGAACCGUGUACACAAUUUAAAGUGAUAGGUUUCAAUUCUCAUGUUGGCAGACUAAUGAAUAACUCAUUUCAUUUGAAUUCUUAACGUUAAUGUUUGUUUUGUUUUUUGUGCCCUAUUUCAUAUUCUGUUUUUUCAUAGAUGACUGGUACUGUUGUUUUAAUCUGCAAAGAUAUUUUCAAUGCACCUAAUGGACGUUGUGCUACUUCCAAACUUCCAAAGGCAUAAUGUGUUUAGUGAGGUAAAUAUCAGCACUAAUCGCUGUAAUUAAAAAAAUUUAGUCAAUCUGAAGUAUAAUGUAGUACUAACGUCCAUAAAGGAAAAAUCCCUCUGAAAUUGUCCUGAACUAAAUAUUAAUGGUUUAUGAGCUGAGGGUGUAGUGUGUGAACCUGGCCGGCAGGGGGCAGCAGUGCCACAGCUCAGACGAGAGAAAAAGAGUCUCAAAUCAUUUCCUGAUCAUAAUAAAAUGAAAAAGGGGUGAAUUGCAGCUUUAGGUGAAAUUAAACAUUGUUAUUUUGGUGUCAAAGUGUAAAUAAGUUUGAGAACACCACAAAAAAAAAGGUUAUUUUGUAUGUUUUUUUUAUUUGUUUUACUUUAAAUGAGAUGUCUUCUUUAAAGCCAGCCAUGAUUUUGUCAAACAUUUGAGAAAUCCAAAUAUCUGUCAGAGCAUUCAGCAAAUUAUUUGUAAUUAAAUGCCUUAAUUUUA